AUGAGUUGUGUUUGUCGGCUGAAACGGCAUCGUUUCGCCGCUUACUGCAUCUUAGUCUUUGCGGUGUACCUCCAUCUCCGCAUACGGCAACAUGAUCUACUUGUCACUGGCCCUGUCCUUCUUAACGACCGGUGGAAGAAGAUGGAAGCCUUUAUUGCCCUUUGUGUUGAUGUUUUCCAAGCUGCAGUAAUGGAUUGUAUCGUAGUAACCAUGUGGUGUUUUGCUGCAUUGAGCGAAACACUGGCUACUAAUCUAUGCCUCAUGCGUGAUAUAAUGCAAAUGUAUCACCAAAUUCGAGAGUAG